GUGCUGACCAAGGACCUGGGAGGAAGCUCUAAAUGUUCAGAGUUCACCGCUGAGAUCUGCCGUCGAGUUCAGGACCUCGCCUGAAGCUGCAGCGCUGAGCGGGGCUCGUCCCGUCUGCCCCCCACCCGCUCACACACUUUGAUCAGUUAUGUUUUCUAACGUUCAGAGUAAAAACUGUAUUUAUGCGAGGGGGCGGAGCUUCUUCUGACAUUCACAAGCGAAACGCACAAGUUUGACCCGACUAAGAACGAGAUGACAUGAGCUCAGAAGUGUUUCUUAUUCACAUCAGCACUGCUGUCAACUCAUUUGUGUUGGGUUUUAUUUUGAACGAUUUUCUGUAACUGCUGCUUUAAAGUGUCCUUUUUAUUUAUUGUUUUUACUUCCUGUUUCGAUUUUCUUCUCACUGAACCACAAAUAUACCAAACGUCUAUGAAAAAGGA